UAAUAGUUACACAUUCAAACAUGAAUUCCCGCAUGGCAAAUAAUGUUCAGGCCGAGGUAGACAAUUUGCCUGCUGAUGGCCAAAACCUGGGGUCAAUUAAUAACGACUCAAUGGCUAAGCUGCAAAAUAUCGAACUCAAACAGAAGCAGGCAAAAUUGAAGCAAGAGCUAAACAGCCUGAAACUACAAUUGACUGCACUUGAAAUUGAAAUCGAUUACGCAGAGGAAAAUGUGAAAAAUAGGAAAAAUCGGCAAAAGACUUGUGUCAACCAGAACAUUAAAGCUGAAUUCUUAAAUGCUGCACAAGAGGCGCUUAACUCUCAAACAAGUAGAACAUUUCCGGACCGGUUUCUUGCCCAAAUAUUUAAGCCCUUUGCAGAAGAUGCCAAUUUUAUGGACCAUUGUGUACAUUUUGAUGUUGAACUGGCCUAUAUAAUGGACAAGCUGCGCAUGCAGGCUUGUGAGGCACAUGAGCCCCGGGUUAGGGAGGUGAUUAACAAAAAACUGCCCCAAUGCCGAUCAAAACUUGUGGCUAAAUAUGAAGCAAGGCACAGCAAAAUGGAAGAAAUGCAACAGUCAACAAUGUUAUUACUAAAACGCAAAUGCUUUGAGUUGUUGCAGCAGCUACUGAAUGAUAGCUGCAAGAAUCAGAACUAUAUAAUACCAUAUAUAAAAGAACUAGAAACUUUAUAUGAGCAGCAAACACAAGACUUUUAAUUUAUUUCUUAAUUUGAUAUAUAAUAUAUUUUUCUAAUU